AUGGAUGCUCAAAAAGUUGCCAUAAACAAAGAGUCGGAAUUUAAAUUAACUCGAGAUGAACUGGAACAUAUAGCACAUGUUUCGUACAUGGCUGAAGAAGAGUUCGGCAAAUUUCAAACAAAAUUACCUAUCGAUAAGGAUUGGGUUGAAGAAGAAGGCACAAAAUCGGGUUACGAAGAAUAUAGCGUUGAAGAAAGUGAAUCAGAGAAAUUUUCGAGAACAAGUUCUGCAACGUCAGGUCCCGAUUCUCAACAGCAAUCUGUAGAUAUGACAAUAAAUCCGAUCCAAAAUAUCUUGCCAUUUGAUGCAACCGAUAACAUGACAUUGGAUGAUAAAAAUGUUCUCACUAAAGAUAUGGAACAUGAAAUGGAUAUAACUAAUGAUAGAAUUUCCUUUGACGACGAUUCCAUUCCAGCACAUCUUCUGACUUUAUCACCAUCUGCCGACAUUACUUCUAAGAUUUUUGAUAAGACAGAAAAAAAUCUGUUAUCAGUGGAAAAAAUGGAACAUAUCAACACAAAUGUUAUUAGCAAUGUUGAACAAGAAAUGGAUGCUCAAAAAGUUGCCAUAAACAAAGAGUCGGAAUUUAAAUUAACUCGAGAUGAACUGGAACAUAUAGCACAUGUUUCGUACAUGGCUGAAGAAGAGUUCGGCAAAUUUCAAACAAAAUUACCUAUCGAUAAGGAUUGGGUUGAAGAAGAAGGCACAAAAUCGGGUUACGAAGAAUAUAGCGUUGAAGAAAGUGAAUCAGAGAAAUUUUCGAGAACAAGUUCUGCAACGUCAGGUCCCGAUUCUCAACAGCAAUCUGUAGAUAUGACAAUAAAUCCGAUCCAAAAUAUCUUGCCAUUUGAUGCAACCGAUAACAUGACAUUGGAUGAUAAAAAUGUUCUCACUAAAGAUAUGGAACAUGAAAUGGAUAUAACUAAUGAUAGAAUUUCCUUUGACGACGAUUCCAUUCCAGCACAUCUUCUGACUUUAUCACCAUCUGCCGACACUUCUAAGAUUUUUGAUAAGACAGAAAAAAUCUGUUAUCAGUGGAACAUAUCAACACAAAUGUUAUUAGCAAUGUUGAACAAGAAAUGGAUGCUCAAAAAGUUGCCAUAA